CAGUUUUAUUAAAUUACCUAUAGUAAAAUCAAGUAAUAAAUCUUAUUUAGAAAUAAUCAGACCAACAAAAAAAGUAGAAGAAUUUUUAAUUAAUAAUAAUAUCUUCUCAAUUAAAGACGUGAGCUCUUUUCCCUUUAUUAGCAUAAUUCAACCUAAUGAUUCAAAUUACGGUGAUUAUAAUUUUCUCGUUAAGUUUGAACAAUAUGAAAUUAUUAUAAAAAAUGCAGAUCAUAUUAAGUCUUCAACUGAAUUUGAACAAGCUAUAAAUAACGCACUUAAUAGUAUGAAGCCAUUUAAAGCUUUACAUGAUGUAUUCGAUGAAUACGGACAUGUGUUUCCUCAAAAAAUUAUUUUGGGAAGAUCUUUUAUAAGAAAUAUUACAAAAACUUAUGAUAUUCCUAAUAGAAUUGAUUUGAAAUCUGGAACUUUAGAAUCGCACUUAGAUAAAUUAAAUCUUUCAUAUCUUUUAACACGAAGUGGAAAUAUUAUUGAAAAACAUGAAUUACUUGAUUUGGUGCAAAAUUUAAAUGAUGAUUUAGAAAUUAUUGAACUUGAUAAUAUCAUCUCUCUUUAUGAAAUACUUGAUAAAGAACAACAAGAAAAAAUUGAUAAUAUUAUAGCUAAAUAUAAACAGGAUAAUCACAGAAUUAUAAUGUCUGGAAUUACUGAUUUAAAGGAUUUAGAUAAUAAUAAUACUGAUCAUUAUAAACGUAUAAAUAUACAACCAUCAUUAGAAGAUGAGAAUUAUGAAGUGAUUGGAUCAAUUAUUUCAAAACAAAAGAAUUCGAAAUUAAAAGAAUUUCUUUUGAAAUUUGGAUUAUAUGAUUUUAAUGGAUUUUCUGCCAUGAUAAAAACCUUAAAGAAAACACAUAUUAAAAUAGAAGAAUGCUAUAUUUUAUGGAUGAUUAUUGGAAUUCCUUCAAAAUUAUCAGUAUUAAGUCCAAGAAACCAAGAUUUACAAGUAAAAUAUGAGUCUGUUACACUACAACCUAAUCAAAUUAAAAUGAAAACACCCAUUUCAUUAUCUCAAAAAUAUAUAAUUUCUGUUAAUGCUCAUCAUUCUUACGAGCCUAUAAAUAUCAGAUUAGUUGAAUGGUCAGAAAGUUGUAUUAGUUUUCAAAUAAAUGGGACUACACGUAAUAAUUCGAAUAUUGAUUUGAAUAUAGAGAACAUAGAUGACUCCAAUUCGUUUAUAAUGUCUGAUAAUGAUUCUGAUACUCAACAAGAAACAGAAAAUAAUUCUUCAACAAAUAUUGAAACAGUUGUGAAUAACAUAGAGUGUAAUAUUUGUAUUCUACGUUCGGAUUAUAAAACUUUUAGGAUUGAUAAUGGAGAUGAGGAAUAUCCGAUAGAUUUAAUCGGAUAUAAAUUAUCAGAAGAAAAUUUUAAUGAAAAUUUAACAUUUUCAGAUGAAUAGAAAUGAUAUAGUUAAAUUUCAGUAUAAGUACUAGGAUUUUAAUAUUAGAAAUUACUAGUUUUAACGAUUUUUUUUUAACGAUGUUGCUUUAUAUUU